CGGAGAGAGUUACGUCACUUUCGUCAUCGUCCCCGAGAGACCUUGCCGAAAAGCCCUAAACGAAGUUGUUUUGAAGGCAAAAUCAAUCUGUUGUUUAUCAAAUCAAAUAGUUUGAGACUUUCCAAUCUAAUUUACUCCAAUGUCGUCGACAAAGAGAAAUUACAAAGAGAAGGUUAUUCGUCGCAAAGAGGAAAAGGUAGAAGAACCGGAAUUACCGAAAUAUAGAGACAGAGCAAAGGAACGUAGAGAAGAUCAGAACCCAGAUUAUGAAGCUACUGACUUGGGCUCUUUCCAUGCUGUGGCUCCUCCUGGGACUGUGGAUCUCCGUGCUGCUGAUGCCCACAAGCUAUCCAUUGAGAAGAGCAAGUAUCUUGGAGGUGAUGUGGAACACACCCAUUUGGUUAAGGGCUUGGAUUAUGCUUUGCUUCACAAAGUUAGGAGUGAGAUUGACAAGAAACCUGAUGCUGAAGAUGAUGCUGAUGGAAAGUCUAGACCAACCAUGGAAGACCAACCAUUGUCAUUUCGCACAGCAACUGCCAAGUCUGUGUAUCAAUCGAUAGUGAAGCCUCAAACUGUGAUAAAGUCAAAUGAGAUGUUUCUCCCAGGUCGCAUGGCUUUUAUUUUCAACAUGGAGGGUGGAUUUUCCCAUGAUAUUCCAACCACUCUGCAUAGAAGCAAAGCUGACUGCCCGGUCCCAGAGGAAAUGGUUACUGUCAGUGUUGACGGUUCUGUGCUAGAUCGAAUUGCUAAAAUUAUGUCAUAUCUUCGCCUUGGAUCAUCUGGGAAGGUUCUCAAGAAAAAGAAGAAAGAAAGAGAAGUGAAAGGAAGGAUAGCAAUUAUUGGCAAUGAAUAUGUUGAAGAUGAGAGGGUGUCAAAGCCUGAUGGUGAAAUUUUAAAGAAUAGAACUUACAGAGAAAACCUACCUCCACCUCCCCCACCUCCGAAGCAGGGACAUCCUGAUUCAAAAGAGAACCAAGGCCCUGAAGUUUCCAGAGCUGAAGAUGACGACAUUUUUGUGGGGGAUGGCGUUGAUUAUGCUAUUCCCAGUAAAGAUAUGAGCCAAAGCCCUAUUUCAGAAGACAUGGAAGAAUCUCCUCGAAAUAAGGAAAGAAAUUCCUUUUUCAACGAACCUGCUUAUGGUCCAGUCCCACCCACUGAGCCUUCCCUUGAUUGGCAACAAAUGAAUGGAUAUGAUUCCAUGCCAGGAGCGGCCUUAGCUGGUGAUUAUCAGGGAGAAUGGCAGGAGUAUCAAUAUGCCGAGCAACUGGCUUAUUCUGAGCAAUACCUCCAGCAGAACAUUGAGACUUAUGAUGUGCAAGCAGGUUUAGACAUUCAGCUGGAUCCACGCUUCAUGACUCAAGAAGAGAAGGAUCGAGGUUUAGGGUCAGUCUUCAAGCGCGAUGAUCAGAGGCUUCAGCAACUGAGAGAGAAAGAUUCCAGGGAGAAGGAUCCCAAUUUCAUUUCUGAGAGUUAUUCUGAAUGCUAUCCUGGUUAUCAAGAGUACAAUCGUGAGAUUGUGGACAGCGACGAUGAAGAUGAUUUAUCAAAAAUGGAUAUGGGUGGACGGGCAAAGGGUCGUCUUCAUCGGUGGGACUUUGAGACUGAAGAGGAAUGGGCAAAAUACAAUGAGCAGAAGGAAGCAAUGCCAAAGGCUGCGUUCCAAUUUGGUGUGAAGAUGCAAGAUGGUCGAAAGACGCGAAAACAAAAUAAAGACCAGAAGCUUACUAAUGAGCUGCACAAGAUUAACAAGUUACUCACCAGAAAGAAGAUGGAGAAGGAGAGAGGAGAGAUGAAUGAUGAUGGUGGGUCCUAUGAUGAUGAAUCACAUCCUGGGAAAAAGCUUCGACUAUGAAGCUUGGAAUUUUGGCAUGACACUUUUAUUUGUAUCAAACUAUUUAUUUUGUAUUUGAAAUUUGGUGGUGUGUUAAAAUCUCGAUGCACAAACAAAACAUGUCUUUCAUUUUCCCCAGUGAGUUACUGUUAACUUUAGGAAUGUGAAGGCCUUUUGGAAAAUUUUAGAUGUCCAAGGCACAGGAACUUGAAGGGCAAUGUGUUGCUAUUUCUGUGGAA